CAGUGAGAACCAGAUUCAAGGAGUUCCAAGGAAAGCCUUCAGGGGAGCUGUGGAAAUCAAGAACCUCCAGUUGGACUACAACCACAUCAGCUGCAUCGAGGAUGGAGCUUUCAGAGCGUUACGUGACCUGGAAGUGCUCACCCUCAACAAUAACAACAUCAGCCGACUGUCUGUGGCCAGUUUCAACCACAUGCCAAAGCUCAGGACCUUUCGCUUGCACUCCAACAACCUGCAGUGUGACUGCCACGUAGCCUGGCUGUCGGAGUGGCUGCGACAGCGCCCUCGCCUGGGUCUUUACACACAAUGCAUGGCCCCUCCGCACUUGAGGGGGCACAACGUGGCUGAGGUGCAGAAGAAGGAGUUUGUAUGCACAGGUCACCAGUCGUCAUCAUCUUCCUCCUGCAGUGUGUUACAGUGCCCAGAGUCCUGCACCUGCAGUAACAACAUCGUGGACUGCAGAGGGAAGGGUCUGACAGAAAUACCCACCAACCUGCCCGAAACCAUUACUGAGAUACGACUGGAGCAGAACGCCAUCAAGGUGAUCCCAGCUGGGGCCUUUUCUCCUUAUAAGAAGCUGCGCAGGAUAGACUUGAGUAACAACCAGAUAUCAGAGUUGGCCUCGGACGCCUUCCAAGGUCUGCGCUCCCUCAACUCUCUGGUACUAUAUGGGAACAAGAUCACUGAGAUUUCCAAAGGGCUGUUUGAGGGAUUGUUUUCUCUGCAGCUAUUGUUACUGAAUGCUAAUAAGAUAGCAUGUCUGCGUGUAGACGCAUUUCAGGACCUUCACAACCUCAAUCUGCUAUCACUGUAUGACAACAAGCUCCAGACCAUCGCCAAGGGGACUUUCUCUUCACUAAGAGCCAUACAAACGCUUCACUUAGCCCAAAACCCGUUUAUCUGUGACUGCCAUCUGAAGUGGCUGGCUGACUACCUGCAGGACAAUCCCAUCGAGACGAGCGGCGCCCGCUGCACCAGCCCUCGGCGGCUCGCCAACAAACGAAUCGGACAGAUCAAGAGCAAGAAGUUCCGCUGCUCAGGUACGGAGGAUUACCGCAGUAAACUUGGAGGUGACUGCUUCGCCGACUUGGCCUGUCCCGAGAAGUGUCGCUGUGAGGGCACCACAGUCGACUGCUCCAACCAGAAACUCACCAAAAUACCAGAUCACAUUCCUCAAUACACGGCCGAACUGCGUCUGAACAACAAUGAAUUCACUGUGCUCGAGGCGACGGGGAUCUUCAAAAAGUUGCCUCAGCUGAGGAAGAUUAACCUGAGCAAUAACCGUAUCACUGACAUAGAGGAGGGGACAUUUGAAGGAGCCUCAGGGGUCAAUGAGUUGAUUCUGACCUCCAACAGACUGGAGAACGUACACCACCGCAUGCUGAAGGGACUGAGUGGCCUCCGCACACUUAUGCUGAGGAGUAACCGUAUCAGCUGCGUGAGUAACAGCAGCUUCGUGGGGUUGAGCUCAGUGCGUCUCCUGUCGCUCUACGACAACCAGAUCACCUCGAUGAACCCCGGAGCCUUCGAUACGCUGCACUCUCUGUCCACGCUAAACCUUCUGGCCAAUCCCUUUAACUGUAACUGCCACCUGGCCUGGCUCGGCGAUUGGCUGAGAAGGAAACGCAUCGUCACCGGUAACCCUCGCUGCCAGAGUCCCUACUUCCUGAAGGAGAUCCCCAUCCAGGACGUAGCGGUCCAGGACUUCGCCUGUGAAGAUGGUAAUGAUGAGAACAGCUGCUCUCCGGUGCUGAGGUGUCCAGCAGAGUGUUCCUGCCUGGACACUGUGGUGCGCUGCAGCAACAAGGGUCUCACUGCUCUGCCCAAAGGCCUUCCCAAAGAAACCACUGAACUGUAUUUGGACGGUAAUCACUUCACUCAGGUUCCUGUGGAGCUCUCCAAUUACAAACACUUAACACUCAUUGAUUUGAGUAACAACCAGAUCAGCACGUUGUCCAACCACAGCCUCAGUAACAUGUCCGAGCUGCUUACCCUAAUCCUGAGCUACAAUCGCCUCCGAUGCAUACCGGUCAGGGCCUUCGAUGGACUCAAAUCUCUUCGUCUGCUGUCUCUCCAUGGUAACGACAUAUCGCUGAUACCUGAGGGAGCCUUCAAAGACUUAUCAUCGCUUUCCCACCUGGCUCUGGGUGCCAACCCUCUGUACUGUGACUGCCACAUGCAGUGGCUGUCAGACUGGGUGAAGAGUGGCUACAAGGAGCCUGGCAUUGCUCGCUGUGCUGGGCCCGGUGACAUGACAGACAAACUGCUCCUCACCACACCCUCCAAGAAGUUCACGUGCACAGGCCCAGUGGAUAUGAGUAUCCAGGCUAAAUGUGAGCCCUGUCUGUCCAGCCCCUGCAAGAACGACGGCACAUGCGCCAAUGACCCCGUUCACUACUACCGCUGCACCUGCCCAUAUGGAUUUAAGGGCCAAAACUGUGAGGAGCCAAUUCACGCCUGUAUCAGUAACCCCUGCCAGAACGGAGGAACUUGCCAUCUGAAGGAAGGAGAAGGGAGCAACUUCUGGUGUGUGUGUCCUGAGGGCUUCGAAGGCGACGCCUGCGAGAUCAACAUCGACGACUGUGAAGACAACGACUGUGAGAACAACUCCACCUGCGUCGAUGGAAUCAACAACUACACAUGCAUGUGUUCGCCAGAAUACACAGGGGAACUAUGUGAAGAGAAACUGGACUUCUGCGCCCCAGAGCUGAACCCGUGUCAGCACGACUCAAAGUGCAUUUUGACCCCUCAAGGAUACAAGUGUGAUUGCACGCCAGGUUACGUGGGUGAACACUGUGAGCUGGACUACGACGAUUGCGAAGAGAACAAGUGUCAGAACGGAGGUCAGUGCAUCGAUGCUGUGAAUGGAUACACCUGCGUCUGUCCAGAGGGAUACAGCGGAUUGUUCUGCGAGUUCUCUCCCCCGAUGGUGCUUCCUCGCACCAGUCCCUGUGACAACCACGAGUGCCUGAAUGGGGCACAGUGCGUCGUCGUGGGAACGGACCCCCGCUGCCAGUGUCUCCACGGCUACGAAGGCGAGCGCUGCGAGACGCUAGUCAGCGUCAACUUUGUCAACCGCGAGUCGUACCUGCAGCUUCCCUCCAGCCUGCUCUCCCCACAGACCAACAUCAGCCUACAGAUUGCUACAGAUGAGGACUCUGGCGUUUUGUUGUAUAAGGGGGACAACGAUCACAUUGCCAUGGAACUGUACAGGGGACGUCUAAGGGUCAGCUACGACACCGGAUCCUAUCCUCCUUCUGCUAUAUACAGCGUGGAGACAGUGAAUGAUGGUAGUUUCCAUGCGGUGGAGUUAGUAGCAUCGGACCAGACUCUGUCUCUGUCCAUCGAUGGCGGGCCGCCCAAAUCCAUCAACUCCAUCAACAAACAGUCCACACUCAACAUAGAUUCUCCUCUUUACCUGGGAGGGAUGCCAGAGCGUGCCUCGGCCACUGGGGGUCUUUCGGCCCUGCAGCACAGCUCCGGUGGCCGCAACGGCACCAGCUUCCACGGCUGCCUGCGUAACCUCUACAUCAACGGGAAGCUCCAGGACCUGGGGGCCGGGCUGGAGCCAGGGGCUUCAGGCUCGGGGGCUCCGCAGAGCACCACCAGGCAGUGGCUAGGUCAGGGGGUGGAGCCGGGCUGCCAGCCCUGCCAGAGAGGCGCCUGUGUCCAAGGCGACUGCCACGCAACGGGUCACCGCGGCUUCACCUGUACCUGCCACCCGGGCUGGACGGGAACGCUGUGCGACCAGCAAGUCAGCAACCCUUGCGAUGGCAACAAGUGUAUCCAUGGUACCUGCCUCCCAAUCAACUCCUACUCUUACUCCUGCCGCUGCCAGCCGGGCUUCGCUGGUGUCCUCUGUGAUGAGCAGGACCAGGCUGACGCUAACCCCUGCAGUCUGUCGCGCUGCAAACAUGGCAAAUGCAGAGUGUCGGGUCUGGGCAAGGCUUACUGCGAGUGCAACAGUGGAUAUACAGGAGAGGCAUGCGACAGAGAGGUGGCCUGCCGAGGGGAACGGGUCCGAGAUGUCUACCAGAGACAGCAAGGCUACGCGGCGUGCCAAACCCAGGAGAAGGUCUCCCGUCUAGAGUGUCGAGGCAGCUGCCCGGGGGGAGCAGAAGGACAGGGCACCUGCUGCACCCCCCUACGCAGCAAACGUAGGAAAUACACCUUCCAGUGCACUGAUGGCUCCUCUUUUGUCCAGGAAGUGGAGAAAGUUGUCAAGUGCGGCUGUACAAAGUGUUCUUCGUAAAAAAAAAAAAAAAAAGAAAGAAAGAAAGAAAGAAUUUUAAAAAAAAAGAGACAACACCCUUGGCAGAUUUCCUCCUCUCCAGAUAUGUUCUGUGUUCCUGCCCGCCUUACUUGAUCCCCUGUUGUCCAAAAUCCUGAUUUCCCGUGAGGAAACCCUCCACAGUUGCUCCCCCCACCAACCCUGUUUUUUUUUGUUUUUGUUUUGUUUUGUUUUGUUUUUUUUAAAAACCCUGAAAAAAGUCAAAAAAAAAACAAGAGAAACAACUAUUUAAAAAAAAAAAAAAAAAAAGAGUUUCUUUUCUUGUCAGUGCUGGACUGAUGAUUGAUGCUUCCUCGGUGGGGAUGUUGAAUUGUAUUGUAAAGUACAAAAACAGACUUAUUUUUUAUUAUGAAGUGGAGAAAAAGAAAAAAAAAAAGAAAAAAAAAACACACAAGAGUUGACUUUUUCCUUACGUCUACUUCUUUUUGUCGGUCAUGAUGACUCCAACGGUGUGCCACACUUUCUCUUCCCCCAGAGGACUGACGGGUCGCUGACGGCUCACCGUCUCCUGUAGACCUCCUGCUUUCUGUCUGUGAGUUGUGUGUUUUAGGAGUAACCUUAACUGGUAGUACCACAGACUCACCACUGAGAGGAGCUGCACUAAGGCAUGGGAGAGGGCGGGCAGUGAUAACCCCCUACAACACAAGAAACCACCACUGUAGUCUGCAGUCUCCCUUAACAGACCUCCUGAACCCUCUGAGACUGUGUGCAUGAUCCUCCACACAGCUGUGCUCAAACUUGUGGUAUUUUAUACAGCUACUGAACAACACACACACAAAUACUCUCACCUGUAGAGUUAAACAUGUUACCUGCCAGGUUAAAUCCACUACUCUCUGUUUAUCUACCCCGCCACCCUCCAGUCAUGAAUGACAAGUAUUUAUUGUAUCAUAAAUACCUGUACUUAUUCAGUAGAUUCCCCAUGUAUCAAUCUGAUUCUUUUAAUAUAUAUUAAUUUAUAUUUGUCCUUAUUUUUAUAUUAAAAAGACAUAAUCUGUCAAGAUAGCUGAACUAACAAAAUGGUGUCCUUUAUUUUGGUUGAAAAGAAGUUGUUUUUUUUUUUGUUUGGUUUUUUUUUUUGAUCACUGAAACUAUUCUGCUUGCCAGAGACCUUAGUUACAUUUUAAUCUGCAAAUGUGACGUGAAGACAUUGUAUAUUUUUGUCGCGUUUCCUGAGAGUUUGUACUGUGCCAUUACCAGAAGGUCUUUAUAUUAGAGUAUAAAUGUAUAGAUAAUUUCCCUACCUAUGUAUUUCACACACAAAUCUUGUGAGUAGCAUUGACCCUAGAGGAUGCUUAGAACUGUUUUUACCUUUUUAACAAAUUUAUGCUUAAAGAAUACUGUGACUUUUUCUAAAUGAAACUACUUUGUUAGCCCCUUGGUCUCUGAUGUUAACAUGUUGCUGCUAAGUUUUUGUACCGUAGACUUGGAUCCUGAUCUGUAUGUUAUAGAGAACUUCCUGCUCCUACUGUACGGGGGCACCUUGUGUAACAGAUAAAUAUGUUCCCCCCCACCUCUACACAUGUGCAUUGUGCUUUAUAUUCCCCUUUCUCCAUCCCCAGACUAAUGUCAGUUCCCUGACUGAUGUUUGUUUAUUAAACACAAUAUUUACCUCA